GCACAGUACGGCGGCGGCCGGCGGCGCCAACACAGCCGGCAAUGUGCGCAGUGUUGGCCGGGGCGGGGUGUGGCCCGAGUGAAGCUGUUUGCGUGCCAACGCCUACUGAGGAGCAUAACGUGGUUUCUGUGAACCUUCGACCACCCUAGAGGAUCGCCAAGAUCCAACAUGGCGCGCUACAUCUCAUCGCCGUCAGAGGACGAGGAUGUUCUACAAUCCCUGCUGCCCGGCCAGCUGUCGAGCGAUUUCCUGACGCACCAGAUGAGCGCCAUAGUGCGCCGGACCAUCAGUCAGGAUGGGGCAGAAGCGGCGCACCCGGCCGCCGACCCGCCGCCGGCCGGCGUCAGUCAGGAGCGCCGCCUGCUCUCCGCCUGCCUCGCCGGCGAUACGCAGCAGGCCGCCAGCGCGCUCGACGCCGGCGCCGACCCCAACGCAAACAUGCGCCACGUCACAGCCGGCCAGCGAGUCCGCCUCGGCAGCGAGACCAACACUCGGCCGCGCUUACGUGUGCCUGUGCGUCAACAGACGUUACCCUCCAUGCUGCGACCUACUAUUUUGCUCCACUUGGUGGCCGCCCUGGGUGACACCGCUAUGAUGGAGCUGUUGCUACGCCGCGGAGCGCGGCCCGAAAUCAAGGACGCCGUUGAUACGACCGCAUUGCACGUGGUCGCAGCCGCACGGCAUCCGAUAGACGUCACUAUUGAGCUGGUAAGGCUGCUGCACGACUGGGGGGCGCCGCUCGAGACAGCCAACGCCAGGGGGCAGACGCCGGUGCUGCAGGCCGCGGAAGUCGGCAACACGGCCGCUCUGCUGGUGCUGGCAGAGCUGGGGGCCACCUGCGACGCUGUCGACCAUCGCGGCAACACACUGCUUCAUCUGGCCGCAAGCUCUGGAAACCCCCAGACGGUCAGCGCAGCGCUCGACCGCCUGCCAGCCGACGCCGUUGGACGACUCAACCAGAAAGGUAUGACGCCACUGCAGGUGGCCAAGAACCGCGAGACGGUCCGGCCGCUAUUGGGUGCUGGCGCCCAGGCCGACGAGCCCACCGCUCUGAUGCUGCUGAAAAAUAUGCCGUCCGCCAUGCCCGACGUGCUUGACCGCUACAUGACCACCAACGGCCAGCCGCUGGACAGCUCGCAGCUGGAGGUUUACCUCGACUACAUGCCCUUCUGGGACGUGGAAAGGAAGAAGCCGGCGCCGGAGACGGCUCUUCUGCGCGCCAUCGUGGAUGCCAACCAGAACGAACUGCUCAAGCACCCGGUUGUGGAGACGUUCAUGCACGUCAAGUGGCUGCAAAUUCGGCGAUAUUUUUACUUCAACUUUGUGUUCUACGUGUGCUUCGCAUUGUUGGUGACUGCUUACGGGAUGUUGAGAGUUAUGGACCCAGAAAAGCCGAGCACCACGGUGGUGGCUGGCUUCACAGCCCUCUUCACCUUCCUCUGCUUGCUGCGGGAAACUUUCCAGAUGGCGUACAGCUGGCGACUCUACGUAAGCAGCAUAGAAAACUGGCUGGAGUUGUUGGCCAUAGGACUUACCACAGCACUGCUAGUCAGUCAUAACUCGUACCGUCCUUGGGUAAACCACGUAGUUGCAUGGCUCAUGCUGGCCACAUGGCUGGAAAUGACCCUCAUGGUGGGUCGUUUUCCCAGUGUCGGAAUCUACAUCUACAUGUUCGUUCGUGUUGCACGCAAGCUCAUUGGUUUCUUGAUGGUGUACUCGCCGCUGCUGGUCGCCUUCGCUCUCAGCUUCCAUGUGCUGUUUGGGCUGACGCCGGCGUUCAAGACUAUUCCCCUGUCUCUUAUCAAGACCUUUGUCAUGAUGAUGGGCGAGUAUGACUACGAUGGGAUGUUUUCCGGGAAUGAAGGCCCAUCGUACCCGGGUACUGCGCACCUCCUACUCAUCCUGUUCGUGGUCAGCAUGUCCAUCAUCACCGUCAAUCUGCUGAUCGGCCUGACCGUCAACGAUAUCCAGGGCCUUUUCAAGACGGCUGGCGUGGAACGACUUCGGAUGACCGUGAUCCAAAUCCUGUACAUCGAGUCGGUCAUCUAUUCCAACAUCACACAUGUGCUUUUCCGCACUCGUGUGUGUCGGCGAAUGCAGGAGAAGCUGGCCCUUCUUCCGAAGCUGCUCCUACAGAAUGUGGAUCACCACUUGUCUGGUGAACCCGGCUCGCCCAAGACAACCAAGCUUCCCGAGAGAGCCGACUCCACGGAUACUGAGAAAGCGUGCUCUAGCCUCUCGGGCGAAUGUCCCCUCGUUCGCGCCGCCUUUCGACCAAACGAAAAGGGUCGCUCUAGAUUGUAUCGCUUCACGACGUCGGACGAGCUGCGACCCACGGCGUUCACCGUGCACAGCUGGAUGCCGCGCAACAUGCUGCUGCUGCUGCGCGAGCGUGCCGCCGCCGCGGAUCGCGAGACGCGCGAACAGGUGCUGCAGGCCGAGAUUUUGGCCGCCGUUCGCGCCAAGACGGAGAAUCCGUUCGAAGAUGCGCCCGAAGCAAGUCGCAGUGCACCGAGCGACCCGAGUCCCGAUGGCGAUGGCGCUCGCGGUGCUGGCGACGGUGACGCGGACUCGGAGGGUGCAGGAGCGGACGGACGCAGUCGCCGCGGACGACGCCGACGGCGCAAGAAGGCCGUCACAAGCCGCGAGGCAAUCGACGAGCUGGGUCAAAAGCUGAACACUGUGCUAGCGGCCAUAUCUGAAGUGUCGCUCAAGGUGGGACUUUUGGAGCGACGCGUUAACAUGCAAGAUCAGGCUAGGCUGGAUACUUUCUAUUCUGCCUGAGUUGUGUCACGACGCGAGUACCUAUUUCGCUCUAGCUGAUCGUUUUGUCACUGUGGCUGAACCACGGUUAAGUUUUAACUGUUGAUGAGUAAUUUGUUGAUAGGUUGCGCUUUUCGCAUGCAUGUGCAAUGUGCGUUAUAUAGUAGGCAAUAAUCGGCCAGUGUUGUUUGCUCACAGUUGCUGUCACAAAUAGCCAUACAAACUGCAGAGGUCGCUCAAACAGUUCUUACUUAGCAUAUUUAUGUGUUAGCCACCGGUUGACGUAUAGGCUACUGAGUAUUCCUGAUCAUCUCAUGCAGCAGCAAUAAUGCAGUUACAAUUUAAAAAUGUUGUGUAAAUAGCGUGAACCAGAUCAUAUAUAUGCACAAUAGUUAGGUUAGCUGCGUCGUAUCAUAAAAGUAGGUAUGCUCGUAUAGGUACCUAUGGAAACUUGUCGUAGAGCGUUUUUAACAGGUUGGAAUAGGUUCUGAGUGGGAUGGGCACGGUGAAUAGGCUGUGAACUCGAAACCAAAAAAGAAAAAUCCAGCAGUGUUGAAAAUUAACCAAUCCAUCCUUGACCUCACCGAUGCUUUUCAGCUUGGUUCGUAGGGAAAUGAAGGGUUGCAGCUUUACCAUUGCGCUGUAAAACGGAACCAAACGAGUUGCGAGCAUUUUACACUCGUGUAGGUACUGGAUGAAUUCAUUCUUGUCCUGAUUUUGCAUAAUUGAUAGUAACCUCACCACACUUCUUCUCACUUUGGAAUGCUAUUUCUUUGUAUUAAAGGUGAUGCUCAUGCGUGCGUUUGCUAAUAAAAAAAAAAACUGGUGAAAA